CUUCACUCUCUAGUAACUGGAUGGGAAGAAGGCAAAUCUUUGACCUUGGAAAAUAAAGAUGUUGUUGCCAUGGGAACUGUUAAUCCUUCUGUCACUCAAGGAGUGUCUGGCUGAGAACACACGCCACGGUCCUGUCUUCACCCAGGAGCCCAGUGACAGUAUAUUCCCACUGAGCUCGGAUGAUAACCAGGUGUUCAUCAAUUGCAAAGCAAAGGGAAACCCACCUCCGCAUUACAAGUGGAAAGUCGAUGGGAGAGAAAUCAAUACAGAGACAGAUUUGAACUACAGCCUUGUAGAGGGGAACCUGUUGAUCAGUAAUCCUCAUGCCAUCAACCACAGAGGAACAUACCAGUGCAUUGCCACCAACACAUUUGGGACCAUUGUCAGCAGGGAGGCUAAAGUCCAGUUUGCCUUUCUGCAGAACUUCAGCAGCAAGUCGAGGAACACGGUGUCGGUGAGAGAGGGUCAGGCUGUGGUUCUGCUCUGCGGCCCUCCGCCCCAUUACGGAGAGAUGAAAUAUUCUUGGGUUUUCAAUGGGCAGCGCGGCUUCCUGCAACAGGACACUCGUCGCUUUAUCUCCCAAAGGACUGGGAACUUGUACAUAGCCAAAGUUGAGCCCUCAGAUGUGGGGAACUACACAUGUGUGGUGAGAAACUUGAUGACCAACGCUACCGUGUUCAGCUCUCCAGCCCCUGUGGUGCUGCGGAGGGAUGCAGUGAUGGGUGAAUACGAACCAAAGAUUGAGGUUCAGUUUCCUGAAACCCUUCAUGUCUCUAAAGGAUCAUCAGUGAGGCUGGAAUGCUUUGCCUUAGGAAACCCAGUGCCUUCCAUCUCGUGGAGAAGGGCUGAUGGAAAUCCACUCCCUGGCAAGAUCAAAAUCAACCACUCCAACGGGGUUCUGGAAAUUCCAUAUUUCCGCCCAGAGGAUGCGGGUGUGUAUGAGUGUGUAGCCGAAAACAGCAGAGGAAGGAAUGUUGCCAGAGGACAACUUGUAUUCCACAAUGUUGAACAUCUGCACUGGGUCCAAACUCUAAAAGAUGCUCAUAUGGCUAUUGAGGCUAAUCUGCAGUGGGAGUGUAGAGCCAGCGGUAAGCCUAAGCCUAUAUACAGAUGGCUGAAGAAUGGUCAGUCUCUUCCAGCAGAGAGCAGGGUACAUGUGGAAGGCGGUCGACUGUCCAUAUCCAGGAUUAGCCUGCUGGACUCUGGGAUGUAUCAGUGCGUGGCGGAGAAUGAACAUGGAGCCAUCUACGCCAGCGCUGAGCUCAAGGUUGUGGCCUCCCCACCUGACUUCACUCGACGGCCUGUGAAGAAGUCCACACUUAUCCAGAGAGGGGGUGAGGCGGUCAUAGAGUGUCGCCCGCACGCUUCCCCCAGGGCCACCAUCUCCUGGCGUAGAGGGGGCGAACUCCUGAAGGACAACAAGAGACAGACUAUCAUGGAGGACGGGACUCUACGGAUCGCCAAUAUCAGCAAGUCGGACGGGGGCAGGUAUACGUGUGUGGCCAGAAACCCUUUUGGAACGUCAAGCAGCACGGGGACUCUGGUGGUGAAAGAGCCGACCAGAAUCACAGUUCCUCCACUGAGUUUGGACGCCACAGUCGGACAGAGCAUUGUGUUGCCAUGUGAGGUGUCAAGCGAUUCCUCCCUGAAUCCUGCCUUCAAGUGGUUUUUUAAUGGCAAACCCAUCGAUUUCACCAAGCAGGACCAUUUUGAGAUGAUUGGAGGGGGUUCUGCAGGGGACCUAAUGGUGAGGAACAUACAGCUGAAGCAUUCUGGGAAAUAUGUGUGUAUGGUACACACUGCGGUUGACACGGUUUCAGCAGCAGCAGACCUGACUGUUCGAGGGCCCCCGGGUGCCCCAGAGGGCCUGGUUGUGAGUGAGAUUACUGAUACCACCGUCACGCUGUCCUGGAGCUCUGGACCCGAUAACCAUAGCCCUGUCACCAUGUACACGGUGCAGGCCAGGACGCCCUUCUCCAUUGGCUGGCAGACUGUCAGAACAGUUCCUGAUUCUGUGCCUGGACAGAUGUUGCAUGCAACGGUGAAAGAUUUGAACCCCUGGGUGGAUUAUGAAUUCAGGGUGCUGGCAAUCAACAGUGUUGGUGUAGGAGAACCCAGCACGCCAUCAAAACAGAUUCGAACCAAAGCAGCAGCUCCUGAGGUCGCACCGGUUAACGUGAGCGGCGGCGGAGGAAGUCAAGGAGAACUUGUUAUCAUAUGGGAGCCAGUUCCAGAGGAGCAGCAGAACGGAGAGGACUUUGGCUAUGUUGUGGCUUUCCGCCCACUUGGCAGCAGCACCUGGAUCCAGACAGUGUUGGCAUCACCUGAUGCAUCCAGAUAUAUUUACAGAAAUGACAGCAUCGCACCACUGUCCCAGUUUGAAGUGAAAGUGGGCGUCUACAACAGCAUCGGUGAAGGGCCUUUCAGCCACAUUGUCAGAGUGUUUUCUGCAGAGGAAGAGCCCUCCAAAGCUCCAUCAAGAGUGUGGGCCCGCACUGUCUCAGCCACUGAGAUUGAGGUGUACUGGGAACCAAUUCCCUCUGGGUCCAGUAGUGGGAAGAUCAUUGCAUAUGAGGUUCUCUUUUGGGAGGAGGGAUCUCAGGAGAGUGAAGCUGAGAAAGUGAGGGUUGUGGACGCAGCAGCUCUUCUCUCUGGCCUGAAGGGCAGCACAGUCUAUCUGAUCUCAGUCAGAGCCCAAAACAGCGCUGGAUUUGGACCCUCAAGCCCGGCUUUGAAUGUCACCACCAAGAAACCACCUCCAAGUCAACCUCCAGGGAAUAUCGAGUGGAACUUGACCAACUCCAAGAUCUUUCUAAAUUGGGAACAUGUCAAGGCAAUGGAAAAUGAGUCUGAGGUGACAGGAUACAAGGUUGUGUAUCGUCAGAACUGGCAUGGCAGGACUAGCGUGCUGGAGACCAAUAAAACCAGUGUGGAGCUGCAAAUCCCUUCUGGAGAGGACUACCUCAUCGAGAUCAAAGCUCUGACUGACGGGGGCGAUGGCAGCAGCAGCGGCCCCAUCCGGAUACCAAAGAUGUCCAGUCUUAACUCAAAAGGAUAUGUCAGUCCCAGUCCAAGCAAGAUUUGCUGUUUUAUGGUUUUUAUAUUUUCAGUGCUGAUUUUGUAGCAUACAAUGCCCUUAAGCUCUGCAUUUUAGAGCAAUAUAUUUUAUGAGUCGCUUCUACAUGUCGAGAUUGUGGAAUAAGCAGCUAUUUAAGAGCAACAUUUCUCAACUACUGGUCUACAACCCAGAACAGAUGAUGGGACAAUUCUGACAUUCAGUCAAAUGCCCGCAAAGCUGUGGCUGGACUUUUGGUAAUAGCCACCAGGACUGUUCUGAAUUGUUUUCAUGUGUAUUUUCAGGACCGUUGCAAUCCACCAGGACACAUGUGUUUGAUAUACUUGGAAAGAUGAAUUUGUUAUCUUUCAUUUGAGCACAUUCUCAUCUGUGUGCAGUGAACCUGAGAUCAGGAUCAUGUCCCCAUUUCUA